AUGAUACCGGCUGUUAUUGCUGAGAGAACAUUUGCGUCACGAUAUAUUAACGACUACGAGAGCAAGAGUCGUCCAUGGGUAUCGUAUUUGGUGAAUGGAAGCUCUUUUCUACUUGCUUCUAUGUACUUUUGGUCCCAGCAGUUUGGCUUACAUCUGGUACCGUACAUUAUAAUAGUGAGCAUCAUUGUUUUCAUGCUCUCAUCUGUUGCCAUUAUUGUCGUACAUCGUCGUGAUGUCUUCAAACUUCGCGACCUCUCGAAACAAGGGAGUCAAUCGUCUCUUGUCUAUACGUUGAGCACGAAAUUUCAGCUAGCCGAGAACGUUCGUGUGACUAAGUGGCUCAAAUUUGCUAUUAUUGGCGUGUCUGUUUGGGGAUUUGGAGCUUGUCUUUUGUCGGGAAUCGCAUAUGUGGUUAUUGGCGAAGAUAAACCCGUCAGCCAGGUCAUCUAUGCAGCUUUCAACACCUAUGUAGCCAUAUCACUAUCGAUUGUUAUCUGGUUAUCUCUGGCAGCUAUUGGUGUCUUACGGCGGCUGUUAAGACGAUUAUCAAAAUAUAUUUGUAGCACUAAUCGAGUUACCGCUAAUGAAUUAUAUCAAACUGCGCAUCACGAUCCGCAAACUGCAACGGAAAAAUACUUCAACCAUUUACAAGCUGCAUGGGCCAAGUGA